CCUUUCCACUCUCUUUUUUUUCCUCUCCUUUUUAAUUCUACCGUUCCUCUGCUCAUUUUCCUAAUGGAACCCAAUUCACAAAGUUGCCUUCCACCUCCCUGUAUGGAUGCCUUAUUUUUAGGGAUUGUAUUAGAUUGGCAGGAGUUUUAAAUAAAUCUACCCACGAUAUUUGAUGUGUCUGGAUUUCCUGGAGAAGCUAUAUCCUUUAUCUAUAUAUUUUUAUAGAUUUAUUCAUAUAUUUGUGUGUUUGUAAUUCAAAUGAGGAUUUUCUGGGAUUUUUCCUGUUUUUUUUACUUCAAGAAGACAGAAAAGUUGGAUGUCGGAUCUUACAAGGAGACUAGAGUAUACCCCUCUGUUUUUUUUAUCUGUUUAACUUUGUGCAUGUAACAGUGGAAUAAAAGAGGAUCUCCUUUUCAAACAUGUAUGCAUCACCUUUAUGUCUGACACAGGACGAGUUUCAUCCUUUUAUUGAGGCUCUUCUUCCUCAUGUACGAGCCUUUUCCUACACCUGGUUCAACCUUCAAGCACGUAAACGGAAAUACUACAAAAAGCAUGAGAAGAAGAUGACAAAAGAGGAAGAGCGAGGGGUAAAGGAUGAGCUACUAAAUGAGAAGGCAGAAGUUAAGCAGAAAUGGGCAUCCCGUUUGUUAGCAAAGCUUCGCAAGGACAUCAGGCCAGAGUUCCGUGAAGACUUUGUGUUGUCUAUUACAGGCAAAAAGGCUGCAAGCUGUGUCCUUUCCAACCCUGAUCAGAAAGGCAAGAUACGGCGAAUUGACUGCUUGCGACAAGCAGACAAAGUGUGGAGGCUAGACCUUGUGAUGGUCAUUCUAUUCAAGGGUAUUCCACUGGAGAGCACGGAUGGGGAGAGACUGGUGAAAGCCAGCCACUGCUCUAAUCCCCAGCUUUGUGUGCAGCCUCAUCACAUCAGUGUUUCUGUUAAAGAACUAGACCUUUACCUGGCCUAUUUCAUUCGAGAGAGAGGUGAGUACUCGGAACAGAAUAGCAGCCCUCGCACGACUAUUGGCUCAGAUAUGGAGGACACUAAGCCUAUAAAUUUGGAUAUUACAGAUUUCCAGGAAAGCUUCGUCACUUCUGGAGUUUUCAGCGUCACAGAAUUAAUUCAAGUGUCUAGAACCCCAGUUGUGUCCGGCACAGGCCCAAAUUUCUCUCUGGGAGAGCUACAGGGACACCUGGCAUAUGAUUUAAACCCCACAGGCACUGGGAUGAGGAGGACACUCCCCAGUACAUCAUCUAGUGGGAGUAAGCGGCACAAAUCUGGCUCUAUGGAAGAUGACAUUGAUACCAGCCCUGGGGGAGAAUACUACACAUCACCCUCAUCACCGACUGGAAGCAACCGAAAUUGGACAGAAGAUGUGGAAGGUGGAAUGUCUCCCACUGUGAAGAAAUCUGAAUUGGACAAAUCACCAUUUCACAGUCCAUCUCCUCAGGACAUUUCACCAAGAAUUAGUAGCUUUACUCAGCACCACAGGCCAGUUAUUGCUGUUCACAGUGGUCUUGCUCGCAGUCCCCAUACCUCCACUACUUUGCACUUUCCCACCUCUUCUCUCCUCCCCCAGGCUUCCACCUACUUUCCUCACACUGCAAUCCGGUAUCCCCCCCACCUUAAUCCACAGGACCCCCUUAAAGAUUUGGUGUCCCUUGCCUGUGAGACCUCUAGCCAACAGCCUGGCCCGCUAAAUGGGAGCGGUCAGGUGAAGGUUUCGAGUCACUAUAUCUCCACGCAGAUGCUGGCCCCACCCCCUCCUGGAAUGACUCGUCUUUCUUUGUCAUCUGACACCAAAUCUACAACUGCAUCCGAUGGCAGCACAUCAUCACCAACAUCUCCAACAUACUCUGCCCCCAGUACGCCACCCACCAACCGAUCAUUUGUGGGACUUGGACCCCGUGAACCUGGAAGCAUAUAUCAGGCACAAUCCUGGUACCUUGGAUAGUGACCUGGCCCAUCACUGCUUUAUUAAAGCCAGUCUACAGAAUACAAAUCCUAGGGACAGUGGAGGAGAAAAAUAACGUCUUUCGCAUAGGAGGAAAAAGCAAAACCCACCUUCCAAAAUUUCUCUGGAGAAACGGAAAAGCAAGAAGAAGACAGAUACUCUUACUUUUUCUGGGAUGGCCUUGAAUGUCAAACAAAACAUAGCAGGGUCCUGAUGAGAGAAAAUUAAUCCUUAUUCCACCCUCUAUACAGCUAGAAAGAAGAGAACACAUGCACAUAUACAUCUCAUAUUAUACUUUGUCUUAAUUUCUUUAUCUUCUGCUGAUAAAACAGUAGGUAAAAAAGCCAAUAUGUAGGAGAAAGAAGAAUUAAAUAUAUUGUUCUUCCUAUAGCAAAUUGUGUUGAAUUUAAAAGCAUACAGUAUUGCACGGUUUAUUUAUGCCUUUACAGCCCUAUAAUAAUUUCCCUGAAUCAGGCUGAUGAUUUUAGAAUGCAACUUUUACACCCUGGCUAUACCAUUAAAAGUUGUGAUGUUAAAUCUAUAUUGAAGCGCUAGGUGGUACUAAAAGUAGGCAAAUGUGGCUCUAAUCAUUAAAUUCACUGUGCUGUUUAAUAAUGAAAAAGCACUUUACUGUAUUUCUAUUUUAAAAUUGCUUAAUGUAUUUAGCAUUACUAUUUAGUACCAUAGAUCAUAGAACCUGUGGCUUGUCUGUAAAGAACCAUAGUUCCAGCACUAUACAUUUAGGGGUAUAUUUGUCAAAAAGUGACGUUAGAGGUCGCCAAAGUCCUCUAGAGUGAAAUU